UACCAAACACCAACCUCUAACGUUCCGAAAAUUUGAACGCUCUUCACAAUGUCCCAAUUGAACGGCGCGUACUACGGACCCUCCAUUCCGCCGCCGCCGAAAUAUUACCGGCGGCCAGGGCGCGGUGGCGGGUGCUUCAGCUGUUGCUGCGGAUGCAUCUUCAACUGCAUCCUUAGCAUCAUAUGCAAAAUCUUAACCACCAUUCUCAUCAUCGUGGCCAUCGUGGCCUUUCUUUUCUGGCUUAUCGUGCGCCCCAACGCCCUCAAGUUCCAUGUCAGCGACGCCACACUCACACAAUUCAGUUACAACAACAACACGCUCCGUCACAACCUUGCCCUUAAUGUCACCAUCCGAAACCCCAACCGCAGGCUCGGAAUCUACUACGACAACAUCGAAGCGCUCGCGCUGUACCAGGACGUCAGGUUCGGGUCCCAGACCUUAGGUCCCUUCUUCCAGCACCAUAAGAAUACAAGCGUGUUGAGCCCUGUCUUCAAGGGCCAGCGCGUGAUGCCACUCACUGAGGAUCAGGUUUCGGAGCUGAACAAAGAGAAGGGUUCUGGGGUUUAUUCCAUCGAUGUGAAGCUGAAUAUGAUGGUUCGGUUCAAGUUGGGUUUGUUCAAAUCCGGGAAGGUGAAGCCCAAUAUUCGUUGUGAAUUGCAGGUUCCUUUGGAAUCGCAUAACGGAACCUCUUCUGGUGGUGGAUUUCAGUUUCAGGAUACAGCUUGCGAUUGGGAUUACAAACGGAUGUGGUUCCAUUAGAU